AUGUCAAAGGGCGCUGAGGCAGAGGGAAAUCGAAUGCCGAAGUUGCCCAUGGAUGCUGAUCAGCUGGUGCGAACUCAUAUGAGAACUUGUAAGAUGCCGUUCUUGAGCGGUGGGAAUACUGUACAUGCUGGGAUCCCGAUGAGCCAACACUCUGUUGACCCCAUGUCUGAGACUAGACUGCAACCUGAAUGGCUCACGGCAAUCAGCUUUGCACAUCCGAACCCAGUCUCUGCUUCAGCCUCAAAUCCUGCUGUACUGCGUAUAUGGCACAACAACGGCUUUGGUGGAGCCUUUAUCAAUGCCGGCCUCGUCCUAGACUUCGCGACCAAUAUUCGUAGAAGUCAAUCAUUAAUGCAGGACCGGUCUCUGUUUGAUACGCCUCCGCUGCCAAUAGUAAAUAUCACAGCUUCCAAGCAACAGGGAGUUUGUCUGAUUCAUGGUUGGGGUCUGGCUGCAUAA